CCUGCGACCUGCCACCGCUGCCGCUGCCGAGCCCUUUCCGCUGCGGAUUGGUCAUCAUGCUGCGUUCCCUGCUGCCUCAGCUGCUCAGCCUGCGUGCCAGGACGGCCCCAUACUCGUCGUCCGCAGCCCUGCCCAAGCCCAUCCCAAACCCAGACAUCCGCUACAACCAGCUCUUCAUCAACAACGAGUGGCAAGAUGCUGCCAGCAAGAAGACCUUCCCCACCAUCAACCCGUCUACGGGAGAGGUGAUCAGCCAUGUGGCCGAAGGGGACCGGGCGGAUGUGGACCGGGCGGUGAAAGCAGCCCGGGAGGCCUUCCGCCUGGGCUCUCCGUGGCGCCGGAUGGACGCCUCAGAGCGGGGCCGGCUGCUCAACCGCCUGGCUGACCUGGUGGAGCGGGACCGGGUAUACCUGGCCUCUCUGGAGACCCUGGACAACGGCAAGCCCUUCCAGGAGUCCUAUGUCCUGGACCUGGACGAGGUCAUCAAGGUGUACCGGUACUUCGCUGGCUGGGCUGACAAGUGGCACGGCAAGACCAUCCCCAUGGACGGCGAGCACUUCUGCUUCACUCGGCACGAGCCCGUGGGCGUCUGUGGCCAGAUCAUCCCCUGGAACUUCCCGCUGGUCAUGCAGGGCUGGAAGCUCGCCCCGGCGCUGGCCACGGGCAACACGGUGGUGAUGAAGGUGGCAGAGCAGACGCCCCUGUCUGCCCUCUACUUCGCCUCCCUCAUCAAAGAGGCCGGCUUCCCCCCGGGGGUGGUCAACAUCAUCACUGGCUACGGCCCCACGGCUGGUGCGGCCAUUGCCCAGCACAUGGACGUAGACAAAGUGGCUUUCACCGGGUCCACGGAGGUGGGCCACCUGAUCCAGAAGGCGGCAGGGGACUCCAACCUCAAGCGCGUCACGCUGGAGCUGGGCGGGAAGAGCCCCAGCAUCGUGCUGGCCGACGCCGAUAUGGCCCACGCCGUGGAGCAGUGCCACGAGGCCCUGUUCUUCAACAUGGGCCAGUGCUGCUGCGCCGGCUCCCGCACCUUCGUCCAGGAGUCCAUCUACGACGAGUUCCUCGAGAGGACCGUGGAGAAGGCGAAGCAGAGGAAAGUGGGGAAUCCCUUUGAGCUGGACACCCGCCAGGGUCCCCAGGUGGACAAGGAGCAGUUUGACCGCAUCCUGGGCUACAUCAAGCUGGGCCAGAAGGAGGGCGCGAAGCUUAUGUGUGGCGGCGAGCGCUUUGGGGACCGCGGCUUCUUCAUCAAGCCCACCGUCUUUGGGGGCGUGCAGGAUGACAUGCGGAUCGCCAAGGAGGAGAUCUUCGGGCCCGUGCAGCCCUUGUUCAAGUUCAAGAAGAUCGAGGAGGUGAUCGAGAGGGCCAACAACACCAGGUAUGGCCUGGCGGCUGCUAUAUUCACCCAAGACCUGGACAAAGCCUUAUACUUCACACAGGCACUGCAGGCCGGCACCGUGUGGGUGAACACCUACAACAUCGUCACUGCACAAACGCCGUUCGGGGGCUUCAAGGAAUCUGGCAGUGGGAGGGAGCUGGGGGAGGACGGGCUGAAGGCUUACACCGAGGUCAAGACCGUCACCAUCAAGGUCCCCCAGAAGAACUCCUAAGAGCUGCCACCACGGACACCCAACUCUAGUCCAAGAGUUCCACAACCACCUGGACCAGCGGUCUGCCAAACACCAUGGACCCCCAAAGAGCCAUGAAGACCUUCCUGGAGGGAGCA